GGCCGGGGCCGGGCUGCUCCACACCUAUCUCUCUCUCUAGCGUCUUUAUUUUUAGGCAUCUUAAGGAUUAGGAUUGAUGCUGUGACGAGCAGGGCACUUACAGUGAUUGUAUUGUAAAUCUUCUUCUUCUGGGCAGAGGAGGAGGAGGAGGAUGUGCGAAGGUUUUUCUCGUAAGACCAUGUCUUGGAGCGUGUGUAGAGGAGGGGCUAGUUCACCCUUGUCCCCGUAAGCCCCCCCAUCACCUCCCACCCCCUCCUCAUUACACACACCCUCCCCUGCCCCUCAUUAAAAGUCGCACACACAUCGCACACACUCGUCCAUUCUUGCCGAGGCUUCAUUCAAAUGAGGCCAUUUAACUGUUUGGGCUAACGAGCAGAGCGAGAGCGAAAAAAGCGAGCGGCAUGUAUUUUCUCAGACGGGACAAAGCGACGUGGUUAACAGGUUAUGAGGACAGCAGGAUGGAGUUCCCCGACCACAGCCGACAUUUGCUCCAGUGUCUGAGCGAGCAGCGGCACCAGGGCUUCCUGUGCGACUCCACGGUGCUGGUGGGUGAGGCGCAGUUCCGUGCGCACCGCGCCGUCCUGGCGUCGUGCAGCAUGUACUUCCACCUCUUCUACAAGGACCAGCUGGACAAGCGCGAUGUGGUGCACCUGAACAGCGACAUCGUGACGGCGCCGGCGUUCUCGCUGCUGCUGGAGUUCAUGUACGAGGGCAAGCUGCGCUUCCAGGACCUGCCCGUGGAGGACGUGCUGGCCGCCGCCUCAUACCUGCACAUGUACGACAUCGUCAAGGUGUGUAAGAAGCGGCUGAAGCGCAAAGCCACGGCCACCGAGGCGGACAGCACGCGGCGGGAGGACGACGGCGCCGGCUCCAGCUGCUCCGACAAGGCCGACAGCCUUUCGGACGGCUCCAUGGGCCGGCCCGCCACCGCCGACCUGAGCGACGAAGAGGACGACGGCAAGACGGAGGUGGGGGCUCUGUGGCUGAGGGCGCCCUCCGCAGAGAGGCCGGGAACACCCGCUGUCGUCGUACCCGCCAGCCCGUGCCACGGCGAAGCAGACGUCAAACCCACGUCUCCUGCUGGAAGCCCAUCCAGCUCCACCGGCUCUCUUUCCCAAAAGUCGCAGCGUUCCGUGAGCUCGCGAGGCCACCACGGCAGGGUGUCCAGCGAUGCCGUAGACUGCGUCCUGGACUUGUCAGUCAAACCCACAACUGGUGUUAACCACCACUCCAACUACUUUGGUGGUAACUCCCCACCAGAUAGCCUCCAGAGCCCCCUGGCCGUGAGGGUGAAGGUGGAGAGGGGCGCGGCAUCGGACGAGGAUGAGGACAUGGGGAGCGGGGACUAUGAGAUGGAGCACAGCGGCAAGGCUCCGCCGGGGCACCACGGCGUUGGCGGCCCCCUGUCGGCGCAGCGGCGUCUGGGCCUGGAGGCGCACCUCUCGGCCCUGCGCGAGGCCUCCCUGGCUUCUGAGCUGGAGCGCGACGACAAGCCGCCCGGCGAGGACGUCCCGGCAGAGGCGUCUUCGGGCGGCGUGGACGGCGCCCUGCUGCCGUAUGUGUCCAACAUGCUGGCACCGCCCCACACGCAGAUCUUCAUGUGCCCGCUGUGCAACAAGGUGUUCCCAUCCCCGCACAUCCUCCAGCUGCACCUGAGCUCGCACUUCCGCGAGCAGGAGGGGGUGCGCGCCAAGCCGGCCGGCGGCGACGUCAACGUGCCCACGUGCACCAUCUGCAGCAAGACCUUCUCCUGCAUGUACACGCUCAAGCGCCACGAGCGCACGCACUCGGGCGAGAAGCCCUACACGUGCGCCACCUGCGGCAAGAGCUUCCAGUACUCGCACAACCUGAGCCGCCACGCCGUGGUGCACACGCGUGAGAAGCCGCACGCCUGCAAGUGGUGCGAGCGGCGCUUCACGCAGUCGGGAGACCUCUACCGGCACAUCCGCAAGUUCCACUGCGAGCUGGUGAACUCGCUGUCGGUCAAGAGCGAGCCACUGGCCCUGCCCAACGUCAGGGACUGGGCCAUCGAGGACAGCUCGCAGGAACUCUGGAAGUAGACGCCCGCCACCGCGUCGACUUCUUAAGGCGCUGCUUCCCAACCGUCAUUGUGACCAUGCGCAGCGUUUUACGUUGGAAAAAUCUCAAAAUGGCGCAAAAUGUAGAGUAAACCCCCAGGGGAUAGGGACCGAGAAUACUGAAAAACCACACGUAAUUAUUAACGUCCUCUAAAAAUGUUACCUAUAUUAAUUAGUUCAAACUGUAUAAACAGUGAACCCCCGAUUAUCAUGGUGGAUACAUUCCAGACCACCCGCAAUAGGUGAAAAUUCACCAUAGAGAGCCCAUAAUUAAAGCAAGCCUUAAAAUAAACUUUUCAAAACACACCUUUUAAACAAUUUUUAAAAAAAUGUUUAACAGAAAAGUCUUCUAUGUAGUGGAAAUGCAAUACAGCGGAGGAUUACUUCAUUGUUAUUUAACUGAGGCACCUGUUCUACAUUUGAAAAAUCUUAUAGUACAACAUCAAACAUAAAUGUCACAAAAAUUAUGGACUAUAGUAAAAAAAUGAUCAUCUCGGUUUACUCCCAAAUUUACAUAAUGUGAAAUUUGGGACUUUUAAAUUGAACACAAAGCUGCUAUUAUUCUGUUGUAUGAAUGGCAACAGGUUGAUAUGCAGGUUAAUUGUACCUUCUGCCAUGUAAUGGAAGAGCAUCUAAUUGUUCUGACUGUCACUAUACGUCGCUGGCAUAGCUAGAUGAACAAAGAUAUUUGUAAAGAAUAAAUAAUGUUUUUGGGACAAAUGAAGUGAAAUUGGAUCAUUUCCUGCAGCAGCCCUGCAGUGGAUUACUGUAUACCACAAACUUCGAAAACACAAAACUUGAAAACACUAAUAUUAUUUUAAACUCAUUUUACGUUACACUUCAAAACAUCUGCCUCACAGAUCAUUUGAGUUUGAAAAAAUGCGCUAAAAAUGCAUGUGAGAUGUAAGUCUUCUUCGCAACGAGUAAUUGGCAAUUGUCAAGCGGUAACAAAACCGCCGUCGUUUAUUAGCUUGUGUUCAGCUUAUCAAAAACUUGACACAUGGCGAGGACUCUCCGUAACAACCCUGGCUAAAUUUCGCUCCUCCCAGACAUGCAGACUUUAGCACAGACGCGAUGUAUCACUCCAACCUUACUUCCUUGUCAACGAUUACUACUUUCCUAUUACCCAGGGCUUUGGCGCCAUCUUGUAGCAUGUUACGGAAAGAGCACAAAAACGCAAAUAGGUGAAUUUGUGAGUAGUGAACUGCGAAAGGUGGGGGUUCACUGCAUGUGUUCUGAAAUCAUGCUGAUUUCACAGAUUGACUUGCUCCGUGUGAAAUUCGGACCAGUUCAAUUGAACACAAAUCUAUUUUUCUGCUUUAUGAAUAGCGACAAGUGAAUUUUUUUGUACCUCACUGGCAUAGAUAGAUGAACAAAUCUACAUUAUUUGUAGUAAUUAAAAAAAUAAUUUGGUGGUUGGGAAUCACUGUUUUAAGAGUACGUGGGCGUCAAAGUGAGUCUUGCACUUUAAUAGCACAUGAACAUGUUACUACUGACUUUUGGGUUCGGGGUUCCUUUGACUCUCAAUGUCGCAAAAGGUCUCGCUUUUCAACUUUUGAUUUUCGUCUCUCAUCUCACGACUCGACGAUACGCUAAACGGGUAUCACCUUACACACUUUGAAGACACGUGUGCGUGUGUUUGUGCGUGUGUGCGCGUGUGUGGUUUAAUGAGAUGCUCCACUGGCACGGAGGCGCAGUUAGCGUGUUGGUGGUGGUGUGUUCAGGGAGCGACUGACAAAACGAAAUGAUGGCACUCAUGCAAUGCACAGCCUCCUUUUAUUAUUAUGAUUUUUUUUUUUAAAUCAGUUUGAAGUACUUUCUAAUGAUGAUAUUUAACAAAUUAUUACUGAUGAAUAGUUUUCUUCAAUCUAGCUGGCAGUCUUUUUGUUGACAAAAUAAAAAGUAUUUAAUUUAAAGGUUGUAAAUUGUUCUGCUAUAGUUUAAAUUCACUUUUAUUAUUAUUAUUAAUAAUUUUAUUUGAUUUUGUUUUUUUACCUGCUGUUUGUUGCAUGACGUCCACACUUGUAUAUUUUAAGAUUUUUUUAAGACAAUAAUGUGAAUUUGCUGUGUUACUGUUAUUGAUCAAAUUUGACUUUUUUUUCAGCAUUUUUUUUUUUGUGAAUAUACUACUACUACUACUACUACUACUCCAGGGUGAAGCCAAGCUGACUAUGACUGGGGGGGUGGGGAUAAUGCAUGGAAUGUUGUCUUAAAAAGUUGGGAAUUUAGGGGUGGGAAAUGUCGAUGAAGCUUUUGAAGCCGGUGUUUAUGUGUGCACUGAUCUCUUCUGUGUGUGCGUGUGUGUGUGAAGGAAGCACCUUUUUAAGCUAUAAAAGACAUGAAAAUGUGUGCUGGAAAGAUGCCUUUUAACUCCUCAUUUGCGACUCAACACAUUUUUGUUAUUUAAAAAAGAUAUUUGAAAAAUGUCACGGAAUUUAUCAAAGUCAUCCCAAAAGGUAUUGCCAUCAAAGAAAAUUUUUAAAAAUGAUUAGUGAUUUUUAAAAACUUUUUGUAUCUUGGGGGUGGAACUCCGUUUGGAAUUUUGAAAGAAUUGUCAAGCGUUUAUACAAUCCCAAAAAAAAGGAGUUGCUGAACGCACCAUAGCCCUCAAGUGUGCGUGUGUGUGCGUGUGUGUGUGUGUGUGUGUGUGUUUGCGCGCGUGCGUGCGUCCCCGCACCCCACCCAUCCAUCCAACCUGCUGCGGUUUGCAUCAUCACUGCUGUUGUUUUUUUUUUUUCCCUUUCUGGUUGUACUUGACCGCCUUAAACUGCUGAAGUCCAGGCUGAUUGUUAUUACUAUUUGUCUUCUUUUUUGUUUUUGUUUUUUUUACUUAUUUUAAUUUAAUUGUAUUUGUAAUAAUUUAUUUGUGAGUGUCAGGCUGCGAACUAACCACACUCCAACCUUUUUGCUGUGUUUACUUGAAAACAAGAAAGGGUGCGGGUGGGGUUAUUUUUCUGAUCAAUAAAAAAUAUCUUAGUUUAUGAGGGGCUUCAAAUGACUGAAAAAAAAGGACAAUCACCAUCUGGGGGGGGGGGGUAAAAACAAGCAGAUUUUUUUCAGAUCUAUUUGCUCCCCAGUCGAGAUUAAAUAAAUUUAUUUUAUAAUUGUUUUUGGGGGGAGGGGGGAUUGAGAUUUAGUCAUUUUUAGCUUUGACAAUCAUAGUUUGUUUUUCUCAAGGGGAAUUAAAUUCGAAUUGUGUUUAGUUUUGUCAUUUCCGGUGUGCUGUUGACGUUGACAUUUUUAAAUU